CACGUUUUUGUGAGCAGAGCAGUGCAGCCAGCCAUUCAUCCAGCUCCUGCUGAUAGAGCAGCAUUCCUAGCGAAGCCCUCGGAGAGCAGCGAUGUUUUCCUGCAGAGCGGCCUGGCAGAGGUGUGGGCCCGUGGCGCGGAGAGCAGCCUACAGGUUGCCCCGGGAUGCUGUGCCGCGGCGGCAGAUGUCCUCAGUUCCUGGUGGGUCAGGGGAGAACAUAGUCUACGCCCUGCUGUGUAGUGGAGCCUUUGUUGGUGCUGUGUCAUACGCAUACAACACUGUGACCUCGGACCAUGCCAGGUUCAAUCAUCGUGUAGAACAAAUCAAAAGCAGACCCAAGACAGAGUGGGUACCUAAACCAUGGCCUCCUAAGAGCAGUGAUGAUGAAGAAGAGGCUGCAGAGGAGGAGGAAGCGGCAGCUGAGGAGGCUGCUGCAGAGGCUGAGGUUGGCGAAGAAGAGACCGGUGAAGCUGCGAAUGGUGAGGCCGAGACUGUAGUGGAGGCAGUCGCUGAAGCAGUCGCAGAGGCCGCUGAGGUUGUCGCCGAGGUGGCAGAGGACGUUGCAGAGGUUGCCGGUGAAGUGGAGGCAGUUGCAGAAGAAGUGGCUCAAGAGGCGGAAGCUGUCGAGGAGGCCGCCAAGGCUGUUGCAGAACCUGCUGCCGAGGAGCCCGAGAGCAAUGUGCUGCUGGCAGCUGCCUCUGCUGUACCAAAGAUCACUGAAGUAAAUGAAGAAUUGGCACCUGCUGUUGAAGACAUCAAAGAGUCCCUGGCACCAGUAGAGGAACAGCCUGUUGAAACUGCGCCGGUUGAGGAGGUGAUUAAGUCAGUAGAGGAGGUUACUGCACCAGUGGAGGUUGCACCAACAGAAGAGGCUACUGCACCAGUUGAGGUUGAACCAGCAGAAGACGCUACUGCACCAGUAGACUUGGCACCAGCAGAGGAGGCCCCGGCACCAGCAGAGCAGGCCCCUGCACCAGCAGAGGAGGCCCCUGCACCAGUAGAGGUUGCACCAGCAGAAGAGGCCCCUGCACCAGCAGAAGAGGCCCCUGCACCAGCAGAAGAGGCCCCUGCACCAGCAGAAGAGGCCCUUGCACCAGCAGAAGAGGCCCUUGCACCAGCAGAAGAGGCCCCUGCACCAGUCGAGAUUGCACCAGUAGAAGAGGCCCCUGCACCAGUCGAAAUUGCACCAGUAGAAGAGGCCCCUGCACCAGUGGAAGUUGCACUAGUAGAAGAGGCCCCUGCACCAGCAGAGGAGGUAGCUGCACCAGCAGAGGAGGUAGCUGCACCAGCGGAGGUUGCACCAGCAGAGGAGGAAACUGCACCUUCAGCAGAGGCAGUUGCACCAGCGGAGGUUGCACCAGCAGAGGAGGUAGCUGCACCAGCGGAGAUUGCACCAGCAGAGGAGGAAACUGCACCAGCAGAAGAGGCAGUUGCACCAGCAGAGGUUGCACCAGUUGUUGAGGAGGUCCUAGCAGCAGAAGAGGCUGCGUCAGUGGUAGAAGAGGCCCCUGUAGAGCCUGAUGUCACCACAGCUGUAGCUGAAGAGCCUGUCACCGCUGCAGUUGUGGAAGAAGUUGCAGCAGCCCCUGCUACAGAGGUAGCCAGCCCAGCGAUAGAAGAAGCAGCUGCAAGCGCUACAGAGACCGCUGAAGAAGCUCCCAAAAGAGAGUACCUUGUUGUGGUUCUGGAAGGAACACCUAAAACUGAAAAACGGCCCAAGGUUCUGGGAGUGGGGUCCAUGACCGGUAGAAUCAUCCCAGCUCCAGACGAUGACGAUGCUUCUGCUUCUGAGGGUAGGCGACGUCUGCUUAGGAUGCAAAUGCAGUAGUUGCAAAUAAGUAAACAGCUCCUGAUUGAUGACUUCUAUCCUGCUGAAGAAGAGGAUGUGCCUUUCUCCAACACUUACCCCUCCUCCCUUUACCUGUAAAACUGCAAGCAACUAAUAUGUAGUGCCAGAGUAAAGAUGCACACUGUGUUUAGAUCAAUGUCUGCUUUAUGGAACCAUCAUCCCAGCAUAUUAGCAGUGCCCAUUAUUGUGACACUUCACACCGAUUUCCGUGUCUUGUCGGUAGCUGAACAUGUCUGGUUUAUCUUUUAUUAGAUAACAUAUCUUGUUACUUCAAAGAAUUGCAACCUGUUUACUGUUGUGAACAAAACUGAGCCAUACAGACCCACCUUUUUUUCUGUUUUUUUUUUUUUUUUUACUGUUACAGUGUUUACUGCCUCAAAAUCACACCGGUGGAAUUUUGUCAUAAUUAUCACCACAUCCUGUUAAAGGGGAACUUCGGCAUAUUUCAACCCGGACCCUGUGUUCCCUUUUUUUGCAUCCAAGUGACCCGGGGAACAUUCUUCUGUACCUCUCACUUGUUCUGGGGUGUUUUCUGUCUGAAUUUAGUUUGGAAAGGUGACUUAUUGCUGGAAGAAAAUGUUGGAAACGUUACUGAGAGUUGGAGAGAGGAGUGCUAGUAAUAGUUUAUGUUUGAGUCUCUGAAAGAUUUCAAUAUCAUGGCCGAAUACUAAGCUAAUUCCAACAAUGUGAAAAAGUCUGCAAGAUAUCAGAACAGGACUUCUUGUAAGAUACAGAAAAAAAAUUUGUUUCCAUGUAAGGUCCUUUUCUGUAACAUCAUCAGAAACUCUAAAUAACAAUCUAACCUGUCAAUGGCAAAAACAAACAAAUGUAAACUGACGGGUGCACCUGCCCAGAGUGAUUACAUCGCAGCCUGUUUUUCUGCUGCUGACUGCAGCACUCUCUCUCAAUACUUGAACAAAAAUGUGAUUCCCAUGACUCACAGAGAAACAAAAACAAGGGAAAAUAGAGUCCAGGUUGUGAAAUACCAGAGUUCCCAUUUUACUCAGGUUCUCCACAUACACUUGUAGUGUGUGAACCAUCUCUUAACCCUGUAAGACCAGAAUCAACAUCACUUCUACGCUGCUUUCAGACGCCCUCAUAAGUAUUUAACCCUUUGAAACCUGAGCAAAUUGAUGCAAAUUCUUUCAAAAACACAGGGUAAAAGCAGUGAAACUUGGUAAGAAAUGUUCCGCAAAUUGCAGGAAAUUAGUAGAUCUACAAUUGUUGUUAAAGCUAGGAAAAAACCCCAAACUUUAUUCAUUCAUAUUGACAUUUUGGCACAAAUUAUAUCACAGAACAGUAUAAUUCUUAAGCCCUUUUUUCAGGUCAUUUUCUUGCUUGUUUUUAACUUAA